AUGCAGCUCUAUACGCAAACUGAGUUACAGGAUGCACAUGAAUCCUUUUUCGUCUUCGGGCAAGCAGCUCCCCCCACUGUCUUGCCGCCGAAGACAAGCCAGGGAGAUUUCGAUGCUCUACUCAAUGAAUUGUCCUCGAUUGUGGGUGAUAGCAAUGUUGCGUCCGGGGCAGAUCUAAUCAAUUUCGUUGAUCCUUUUGGUGUCCAUCAAGACUAUGUGCCUUCUGCAGCGGUUUGCCCGGCCACUGUCAGCGAAAUUCAAAGAGUACUCAAAGUUAUGAAUAGAGUCAAAAUUCCGCUAUGGACAUGUUCAAGAGGGAAGAAUUUGGGCUAUGGUGGGCCUGCGCCUCGUGUGAGAGGAUCCAUCGUUCUAUCUUUGCAUCGCAUGUCAGCAAUUUUGGAAGUCGACGAAAAAGCCGCUUUUGCUGUCGUGGAGCCAGGGGUAACCUUCUCGGACCUCUCAGCAUACUGCCUUGAUCACAAACCAUCUGUAUGGCCAAGUGUCCCCUCGAUUGGGUGGGGAAGUGUGGUAGGAAAUACUCUGGACCGUGGAUUUGGGUACAACAUCCUCGGUGAUCAUCACCAUUCGAUUUGCGGAAUGGAAGUUGUGCUUGCCAACGGAGAUAUUGUUCGAACCGGACAGUGGGCUGCUGACGGAUCACCCACAGCGCACGUUUGCAAAAAUAGCUUUGGCCCACAGAUCGAUGGUCUUUUCCUUCAAAGUAAUUUGGGCAUCGUAACGAAGCUGGCAGUGUGGCUCCAGCCCCGGCCUGAAGCUUACAUGUCUGUUGUUAUACACGUUGACACGUUGGACGACUUGAGUCCUAUGCUCGAGGCUCUCUCGUCUUUACACCGGUCUGAUAUUCUCCAGAACAACCCCCUUUUCGGAGAUGUAGUCGGGAAUAUGUCAGCCAUGAAAACUGCCGCAGAACUCUACGAGGGAGAAGGGCCUAUUCCGGAUGCAGAUAUCGUGCAACUACAAAAGAAGUAUGGCCUGGGGUUCUGGUCUUCGAUGUUUGACUUUUAUGGCACAAAAGAAAUGAUCUAUGCCAGACUAAACAAAACCAAGUCUGUAAUUAGGGAAUACUGUCCUGGAGCGAGAAUUGAAGAAAAGUUUUUCGAAGGAGAGUCCGGUCGUCCGCUGGACGCGAAAGCCAUUGCAAAGGUUACCAGAGGAGAGCCGGUUGGUGUCGUCGGUACCUCGAGGACUAGCAUGAUCAACUUUGCGCUGCCGUACGGUGGUGGGGGUCGUGGAGCUCAUACGGAUUUUGUUCCCAUACUGCCGCAUGACGGGACUUUAACCCUGAAGUGGUUGACCGACUGUCGUAAGAUCGUUCGCGAGCAUGGAUUCAAUCCGAUCCUUGGAGGUCGGUUUUUCAAGAAACACUCCCUCCUCAUUGGAAUGAUUCUCUACGAUGCCGAAAACCCAACUCAUCUUGAAAAAGUCCCUAAAUUAUGGCAAGCAUUAGCUAAGAAAGCGGAAGAUUACCAUUUUACAAGCUAUCGAUCUCACCUAGACAAUAUGGGUAGGUGCCGUAGAAGACAAGGACUGUGUUACAUCCUACUAACAUACUAUUAG